AUGGCGCUGAUGUUGACGCCCAGAAGGGCCGCAGGGGUGGCCCGGACGUUUAACAAGGAUGUCGUCAAGGCUUUUGGCGAGUUGAUGGCGCCCAAGCACGAGGAGACUUUCCCCAGGUACCAGACGCCCUUCGUGGACUACCUCAGGGUCAAGUGCAAGGGCGGGCACGGCGGCAGUCCGCUUCCGAACGUCAACCGCUCGAGAAGGCUGGCGGGGCCGGGGUACGGCGGCCACGGUGGCGACGUCAUUCUUAAGCCGACGCACCUGGUGGAGAGCCUGCUGCACAUCGAGGAGACCAUCAAGGCGAACAACGGAGGGGAUGCGGAGGGAACAAGCCGCGGAAAGCACGCGAAGCAUACCACGGUGAAUGUGCCGCUUGGAGUCAUAGUCAGGAAGCGCAUCAAGACCAUGACUGGGUACCGGAGCGUGUUCUGGCACCAGUUCCAGGAGGAACGGAGCUCCAUAGUGGUGGCACGAGGUGGGAAGGGUGGGCUAGGCCCGUCGACGUUCAAGAAGCACGACAACAGGUUGCCUGAGGUCGGGGAGACCAUUCACAUUGAACUGGAGCUGAGGCUGAUAAACGAUGUUGCCUUCAUCGGAAGGCCGAACGCGGGCAAGACCAGCCUCGUGAGCGCGCUUACGUCGUACAUGACCAGGAUUGGGCCCGAGGAGGGCUCCACCACCAGGCCGCACGUGGCGGUGCUGAGGUUCGUGGACGGACUCGACCUCAGGCUGAUGGACUUGCCACCCUUCUCCGCAGAAAACGAGGAUAUUUACGCAAGGAUAUUGCGGCACAUAUAUCGCACGAAAGUAGUAGCAUAUGUCAUCAACGCAGCUGAUGACGACGACCCGGUGGACACCCUGCAACAACUGAGGGCCAUAGUGAAGGCGUCGAGGAUGUACCAGGAGGACAAGACUGAGCUUGUGAUCAUGACCAAAUGUGACAUGUUUCACAAGGAGACGCUCUACAACCUCGACAAGGUGUACUACAAGCUGAGGAACGAGACGCCGCACGUGAGGGUGGUGGGCACCUCGGCGCCGCACAGGCUGGGGCUGCAACGGCUGGUCAACACCCUGAGAGAGCUGGUGUACCCGAAGCAGGUGCUGUACACGCCAAGAGAGACCGUGGAGAGCCAUGAGAUCAAGUUCAUCAAACAGCCGGACGAUGUGCCGAAUCACGAGGCAGUGGUAUGA